AUGACCAAAAGCCAAUCAGCAUUCAAGCAUGCAAACCAAGCGUAUUCAGCUUCAUCCAGAUGUGCAUCUAGGUUACAGGAGGCUGAUUUCAACUCAAAGCAACUUGCUGUUGUUGCUGUAAUGGAAGUGCUGAUGACAUUGCAAGGAUCUCAGCUGGAGACAGACGACCCAAUAACAAGUUACAUGUUACAGGCAUGGGCCAGACUAUGCAAGUGCUUAGGACAGGAUUUUCUUCCAUACAUGAAUUUUGUAAUGCCUCCAUUGCUUCAGUCUGCCCAGCUGAAACCAGAUGUAACCAUUACCUCCGCAGACUCAGAUGAGGAUAUGGAUGAGUCAGACGAUGAUAGGUUUGUCUUUAAUGCUGCAGCUCCUGUUUGAGUAGUUUGCAAUUUUUUGUGACUUUUGGAGUAGGUUAAUGUUUAAUGACAAUACUCGCCCGAGCAAGGAGCGGAGCAGAGCAGAGCUUAAGAAGACUCCGGUCUGUGGACAAGACUCGCCCGAGCAAGGAGCAGAGCUUGGUUGACUGGGCUCGCCCCAAGCUUAAUGACAAUAUUGGAGAGAUGAUGAUGCCGACCCUUGAUACAUAUUGUAGAUUGUGUACGUAGGAAUUUGACUUGUAUGUUUUUAGAAUGUUUUUGAAGUACAAUGUAUUCAAAUAU